UAUGGAGAAGAGAGGAUUCAUGAGGGGAGAGGGGGAUGGGGCCUGCGCGGCUCUUCUCUCAGCACCGGCCUCAGCUAAUCCCUGCAACCUCUCCGGUGCGGCCUAUCCCCGGGGCACCUCUCUUAAAGCCUAUUUCAGUACCCCUCCGGUGCGGCCUAUCCCGUGCAUUUCUCCGGUGAGGCCUUUCCCCCGGCGCGGCCUAUUCCCGUAACCCCUCCGGUGCGGCCUGUGUGUAUGAUCGGAGGGGGAGGGGCGGCGCUCGGUACGGAUGGCGGAGGUGCGGCGGGUGUCGGUGGUCCUCCCGGCGGGGGGUACCGGGGAGCGGCUGGGUGGCGAGACCCCCAAACAGUACUGCCCAGUGCUGGGGAGGGCCCUGAUCAGCUGGACGAUGGAGGCCAUGGAGAGAGUCACCUGGAUAUCGGACAUCAUUGUUGUGGUAGCUGCGGAGAGCGUGGAUUUGAUGAAGUCCAUCAUUCACACCUAUGGACACAAACGUAUAACCCUAGUGGAAGGGGGGGUGACACGCCACCGCUCCAUCUUCAACGGGCUCCGAGCUUUCUUAGAAGAUCAUUCGCUGGGGCCGGCGCUGCAGAAACCGGAGGUGGUGAUCAUCCAUGACGCCGUGCGACCGUUCGUGGAGGAAGAUGUCCUGCUGCAAGUCGCCAGAUCAGCCAAAGAGCACGGUGCGGCCGGCACGGUGCGUCCAUUAGUGUCCACCGUCAUCGCUUCCUCCUCCGAUGGGUGUCUGGCCCAUUCCCUGGAUCGCACUAAACACAGAGCCAGCGAGAUGCCUCAGGCUUUCCUGUUUGACGUCAUUUAUAAAGCGUACCUUCAGUGCACCGACUACGACCUGGAUUUUGGCACAGAAUGCUUGCAUUUGGCCCUGGAAUACAGUAAAGUCAGAGCAAAGUUAGUGGAAGGGCCCCCCGAUCUGUGGAAGGUGACCUACAAGCGAGAUUUAUAUGCAGCUGAGUCAAUUAUUAAAGAACGCCUGGGUAAACAACUCUGCAUUAUUACUCAUAAUAAAGAGGACGCAAUUCAGAUUGGAUUUCUCCUUCAUGAAACUUUAAAGUCCCAGAUAAAGAACGUGAAAGCAAUUUCAUCAUCAAUGUGCAAAACAAGCCAAGACCUACAGAGUAUUCUACAAGGACAGUGCUACAAUUUUGUUUGCAUCAAUGUUAAAGAAUCCGAUUUUGAAGAAACACAGAAACUUACUGGAUUACUUCAGACUCCCGGAGUUUGUCCUUCUUACCCAUCUGUUGUCGUGUCAGUUCAUCUGGAUUUUUCAGAGCAAAGUGGAACUCAGAACCUAAGUGGGAUCCGAGACUUGGCAAAAGAAGCACAGAAAGCGGACGUGUUGGUUUACGGUCUUUUGAUUCGCUUCUCUAAGGAUGACGUUCGCCUUCAAGAAAACGUGCAGGAAGCGUCCGCCAUCAUUGUGGCUCUUCUCAAAGACCGGAAUCCUGUGCUCACCGGGCAGAUAUUGGUCGCAGGAAAAUAAUGUGUAAAGAAUUUGCAACUGGUGAAAUAAGGUGCCAAAAUUUUUAGCCACCUCCAGUGACUGUUAUUCAGACAGUUUUUUAUCUGCCGUGUUACUCCUUCUACUGUUACUGAACCGACUUUCACCAGAAAUGAUAAUGCAGUAAAUCAAACCUUACACUGUGUGCCGCUAAGACCUCCAGUCUUCCCAUCAGUCUUACACAGUUAUACCGGCUCCUCUCCUGGACUAAAAUGGAUUACUCUGAUUUCACUGAACACUAUGAGCUUCUCAAAAUGUGCAUUAGAAGCUGCAGUGUGUUUAUAUAAAGCCUGCCUAAUUUCCUGAAUAUUUUAUAGGAAAAAGAUAGUGGACUUUUAUGGUGCCAUAAACAAAUCGAAACCA